CAUUCAGUUGAAGGGCACUCUAUCCAGAGCCACGUAAAUAAAGGUAAAGACUUUCUAACAUGUCAACCAAGAAAGAAAAGUCUCUUUAAGCUAUCGUAAUUUUCAGUAUAAGCGUCAUUUUAGUGUAGUAGGCUAUAGUUACUGUUGUGGCAGAGUUACCGGUCGAGUUAUGACGGAUACAAUCUCUGGUUGCAGCUUUACCAAAAAGUACAAAGCUUUUAAAAUCCACAAAGACCCCGAGAGCUUUUACCCUUUCAUUUUCAAUGACACCAUGGGCUUUGAGCGAAGGAAUGGAGUGAAUGUGGAAGACAUCAAACUGGCCCUGAUGGGACAUGUGACAGAAGGUUACAAGCCCAUUCCUGGAGUCCAGUUGAAGGAAAGUGAUCAAGGAUACAACUCAUGUCCCUCUCUGGACGACAAGGUUCACGCUCUGGUUUGUGUCAUGCCUGCCGACUUGGUAUCUUUAAUAAGUGAUGAAGUUGUGAAGAAGAUGAGAGACGUCAGACUAGCAGCCAGUGACAUGGGGAUUCCACAACUGGCUAUUCUCACCAAAGUUGAUGAAGCCUGUCCUGAGGUGAAGAACAACAUAAAAAAUGUCUACGAGAGCAUAUACCUAAAGGAACAGGUCGACAAAUUCAGCUUGAUGCUGGGAAUUCCACAAAACUGCAUAUUUCUUGUGAAGAACUACGAAUCAGAACUCCAAACAAAUGAAGACAUUAAUGGGCCGAUACUGAUCGCAUUGAGACAGAUGAUUGUCUAUGGAGAAGACUUCAUCAACAACCUGUAGACCCACAUACUGCUGAGCUGAGACAGACCUUAGGAUCAAAGCAUGAAAACAACACUACUCUCAAGAGUCUUUUUCUGAAGAGUAAUGUGUAGGGUACUUAAAAAAAGAAAAUGUCAAGCAUGUUAUGGAUAUACUGUAUCAUUUAUAUGAUACAAUGCCAUGUACAUCAGCAUUGUAUCAUGUGAGGCUUCAUUCCUGGCUUUUUAAUUUAAUUGGAAAUUCUGUUUGAAAUGUGUUUGUUUCUGUGAUUGGCUGCUCAUUCAGAUCGAAGCAACAGCUUCACUUGUCCCUAAGAAAACUCAUCAAGUUUGAAGACAAGGUGUUUGCAUGUGGUUAUACGCACAACUGUCCAUGGUAAAAGGUUUUAUGGUCCAAAUAAACUAUGCUGCCGUCGUCAUUGUCAGCAUAUUUGUUUAUUUCACAUUAAUUGAAUGUUUGACUUAUUUUCUGACCAUAUGCAUUUGGAGAUAGAGGUGCGUCUGAGAGGUCAGCUUUUAUUAUUUUAAUGGAAUGAAUUCUUCAUUCAAUUGUACAUUCUGAUGUAGGAUAUAUUUAGAAAUUAAAGCUCUUUAAAUUGUG